GCCGCCGGGGACGCGGCGCCCGCUCGAGGUCCCCGCCUCGCGCCCGGGGCGGCGCGCGCGCGCGGCGGGGAGCGAUGGACAGCCCCGAGGUGACCUUCACGCUGGCCUACCUGGUCUUCGCCGUGUGCUUCGUGUUCACGCCUAACGAGUUCCACUCGGCCGGGCUCACGGUGCAGAACUUGCUGUCGGGCUGGCUGGGCAGCGAGGACGCCGCCUUCGUGCCCUACCACCUGCGCCGCACGGCCGCCACGCUGCUGUGCCACUCGCUGCUGCCCCUGGGCUACUACAUGGGCAUGUGCUUUGCAGCCUCAGAAAAGCAGCUCUACUCUCCCAGCCAGGCCCCGGAGGCCUGGCGGUUCUUCCUUCUGCUGGCUUUAAUCCUCCCUUCUGUUGCCUGUGCCCUGAUCUACUACUGGUCCCAGGACCGGUGGGCCCGACACCCACUGGCCCGAACCCUGGCUCUUUACUCCCUCCCGCAGUCGGGCUGGCAGGCAGUUGCCUCUUCCAUCAACACAGAGUUCAGACGGAUCGACAAGUUUGCUACCGGGGUGCCAGGUGCGCGUGUGGUCGUGACAGACACGUGGGUGAUGAAGGUGACCACGUACCGUGUGCAUGUGGCCCAGCAACAAGAUGUGCACCUGACGGUAACAGAGUCUCGGCAGCACGAGCUCUCCCCAGACUCGAACCUGCCUGUACAGCUCCUCACCAUCCGUGUGGCCAGCACCAGCCCUACGGUGCAGCCCUUUGAUAUCCGGCUGAACUCAGCAGAGUACGGCGAGCUGUGUGAGAAGCUCCGGGCCCCCAUCCGCAGCGCAGCCAACGUGGUCAUCCACCAGAGUCUGGGUGACCUAUUCCUGGAGACAUUUGCCUCCCUGGUGGAGGUCAACCCAGCCUACUCAAUGCCCAGAAGCCAGGAGCUUGAAGCCUGCAUUGGCUGCAUGCAAGCGCAUGCCAGCGUGAAGCUGGUGAAGACUUGCCAAGAGCCCGCGGUGGGCGAGUGCCAGCAGUGCUAUUGCCGCCCCAUGUGGUGUCUGACCUGCAUGGGCAAGUGGUUUGCCAGCCGCCAGGACCCGCAGCGCCCGGACACCUGGCUGGCCAGUCGUGUGCCCUGCCCUACCUGCCGGGCCCGCUUCUGCAUCCUCGACGUGUGCACUGUGCGCUGAGCGCCCUGGCAGGAUCCCCGCCUCCACCAGCCACUUGGUGGGGGUGGCUAAGAGCUCUACUCAAAGCACACAACCUACAGCCACUCUGCCCGGAGCCUGUGGCAGGUUGAGGACUUUUGUUUAAAAGAAAAUCUCACUGAAACACCCUAGCCUGGGGCCUUCCGCACUUUCUCCUCCUGCCACCUUCCUCCGUGUGGGGCAGGUACUCCACCCAGAGCCUGCAGGGCCCCUGAGGCCCUGGGGGCUGUCCCGCAGCCUUCGCCUGGUCACUCUGCCUUAACUUUGUGGAGCACCCUUGCCUGUUUCAUAAGCCAGGCCCACAUCUGUCCCCCAGCUCGCGUUCUGUCUCUCGGCCUGGCACUGACCACUGGUCGCGUGGUGUUGGGACCUUCUCAGCGCUGGGCAGGGUGGAGCCUAGCAGUGGAGGGGAGGAUGGGGCUGCCAGUGUAGUGUCGCGUCCUGGCACAGGGCUCCCGCUGGCUGUGGUCCACAAGGCACUAGUGCAGGGUGGGGGGGCAAGGCCGGGGUGACCCCUCUUACUCGUGGGGGCUGUGGCCUUGAUGCCUUCUCUUACUCCAGAGGCCCAGGGAGGGCUGUGGCCUCAGACUCCUGACCCCAGGCAGAAGCCUGUGGGGGCGUCAAGGGCCAGGGAGGCAGCGACCUCC